AGUACAUAAGUUCCAUUCAAGCACCCCUCGAAAGCGUAACGUUAAAGAGUGUAGCAAGCAGAGAGAAAGAGUAAGCAAGAGAGGUGGUUAGGUUCAGCGGACGUGGUGUUAGCUAGCUUCGUCAGUUCGAUGGUGACUGUACUGAAGGUCGGAGCAAUAAAUUGAUCACUGUCUAAACGUGCAAUUAAAAGUGUUUUAGUUUUGUGGUAAUCCGAAGUUGGUUAUUAAUUUGGGUGAACUCUACAAUUUGGCGCAGCCGGUACGAUUUUAAGAUGGAACCGGAGAAUCAUUUUCAAUUGGAUCGCUUCAACGACGCUGCUGAUGCCUCCAAUCUUCGACGUGAGUGGGAGGAAUGGCACCGAGCGUGCGAAAUCGUGUUGGAGCUGAAACAGAUUGAAUCGCAACAUCAAAAGCUCCUUUUCAUGCUGGCUCGAGGCGGAACAGGGCUCCAAAGGAUUUAUCAUCAUCUCGCACCGGUAGUUGGGGAAAUUCAUCCUGGACCUGUUAAAGUUCCGUUUGCUCCGCAAGAGGUGCCGGAGUACGACAAUGCUGUCAAGCGUUUGAAUGCGUUCUUCGUGGGAAAACGCAACGAGAGAGUGGAGCUCGAGGUUUUCCGUUCGCUUCGCCAGGCCGCCGGAGAGUCUUUCAAUCGAUACAUCUUGAGAUUGCGCACGCAGGCCGCUUGUUGUGACUUCCGCGACCGGGAAGAAAAGGAACUACUGCAGCAGGUUACCGUCGGUGCCACUGACGAGAGGGUAAGAGACAAAGGUCUUGAGGGGACCAUGAAUCUCGAUGAAUUGGUCAACUACGCCAUCAACCGUGAAGUGUUACUGAAGCAGAAGGAGAAGGCCCAUCCGUUCAGAUCGGAAUCCGGUACAGUGGCACUGGUGAAACAAGAUUGGGAGCAGAGGACCACGACAAGAGGAAGAAAUUCGGUACAGCCGUACAAGCGCGAACGUCGGUGGGCCGGUGGAAAUCGGGUUACAACUGAAUGCAGCCGAUGCGGCUCUUGGAGACACCAGCGUGAUUCGAAGGAUUGCAUUGCUCGGGAUUCCACGUGCAAUAAGUGUGGGGAUCUAGGUCACAUUGCGAGGAAGUGUCAAGCAGGUCGGUAUGCCCCGAUGAAGAACCGUUUUUCUUGGAGGAAGUCCGAAGCAGCUAAUGCCUUGGGGAGCGGAAGCGGUCCAGAUCGCGGCACGGAAUAUUCACACCGGCGUGGAGAUAAUGGAUCACCAAAGGCAAAUGCGGAUGAUGGAACUAUUUUGGGAAUGAUUGAUCAAACUCCGGUUGUAUUUUUAAUCGACUCUGGGGCAAUGAUCAAUACGGUCACGGAAGAAAUCUGGGAAAAGCUUCUGGCUACUAAUGCCAGACUCUUCAAGAGGAAAUUUAAAUGCGAUCGACAAUUCACGGCAUAUGCGUCCGCAGCUCCUCUCCGAGUUUUGGCCAUUUUCGAAGCUUGGAUUACAAUCAACGAAAUGAAACCCAAAAACUAUGCUGAGUUUUUCGUUAUUCAAGGAGCCCAAAGGUGCUUGCUUAGCAAGAGAACCGCGGAGGAUCUUAAAAUUUUAAAAUUAGGUCUUGAAGUGAACAGCGUUGCUCUGAAGAAAGAGGUUUUUCCCAAGUUUCCCAAUGUCCAAUUGCGAUUGUCCAUUGACUACACCGUGCCGCCCAGGAAAUUGGCAUAUCUUCGAAUUCCUGUAGCAAUGGAGGAAAAGGUCAAUCGCAAGCUUCAGGAGAUGUUGGACGCGGACAUUAUUGAGCCCGUUUUGGGCCCUUCCGAUUGGAUCUCGCCUAUGGUAGUAGUUCCAAAGGGAACUGAUGACAUACGAUUGUGCAUAAAUAUGCGAUAUCCAAAUCAAGCGAUUCAACGAGAACACUACCCUCUUCCACUUAUCGACAACCUGCUGAACAAGCUCAAAGGAGCGGCUGUAUUUUCAAAGCUCGAUAUCACCUCCGCCUACUACCACGUAGAGUUGCAUCCGGAAUCGCGGGAAAUAACCACCUUUAUGACGGGCAAAGGUCUCAUGCGCUUUAAGAGACUUAUGUUUGGCAUAAAUUGCGCGCCUGAGAUAUUUCAGCGAAUAAUGUGCGAGAUGCUAGCUGAUAUCGAAGGUGUGAUCGUUUACAUCGACGACGUGGUUGUGUGGGGGGCGACUCUGGCCGAGCACAAUGAACGACUUCGGAAGGUGCUGGCAGUCCUCGAACAGAAUCAUGCACUGCUGAAUAAGGAUAAGUGUGUGUUCGAGGUUCAGGAGCUUGAAAUACUUGGGUAUAAAAUCAGCGCAGAUGGAAUCAGUCCAACCGAUGAUAAAGUGGCCGCGAUACGAAACUUCAGGCGGCCGGAGUCAAAGGAGGAAGUUCGAAGUUUUCUGGGUCUUCUAAAUUUCGUGGGCCAGUUCAUUCCCCACCUUUCUUCGAGAACUGAACCACUUCGAAGCUUCAUCAGAGGCGAGGUGGAGUCCUUCGGUAUUGACCAGGAAAACGCAUUCGAUGACCUACGGAAUGAGUUGGCGAGCACAGUACACCGACUUGGAUUCUUCGACCCGAACGAUGUCACCGAGCUGUACGUGGAUGCAUCUGCGGUCGGUCUCGGAGCAGUAUUAACGCAAAGGAAUAGCGAAAACCAACCUAGAAUAAUCUGCUUCGCAUCGAAGGGCCUUACGAAGACGGAGAGAGUCUAUCCACAAACCCAGCGCGAAGCCUUAGCUGUGGUUUGGGCUGUGGAAAAAUUAUAUUCCUACCUGUUCGGUAUACACUUCACGGUGUAUACAGACCAUAAGACAUUGGAGUAUAUUUUCGGCGGAAAACAUCAAGAAGGGAAGCGGGCAUGCUCGCGUGCCGAGGCGUGGGCGUUGCGGCUGCAGCCCUACGAUUUUUCGGUGGUGCAUGUUCCAGGGUCAGAGAACAUAUCUGAUGUCUUUUCAAGAUUAUGUUCUCAAUCAGAUGCACCGUUUGAUGAAGGUUCAGAACACUACGUUUGUGAGAUCGGGGACGGACUGUCGGCUAUAACACUGGACGAAAUAAAGAAAGAAACCAUUCUUGAUGACGAACUGAAGCAAGUUGUUCAGGCCAUUGAGACCCAAGCGUGGCCUCCCCACUUAUUUGCGUAUCAGGCUUUCUCUAGGGAGCUAGGAAUCUUAGAUGGUGUUGUUGUCAGAGAGGAUCGAAUCAUUCUUCCAUCAAAGCUGCGACAAAGAGCGUUGGAUAUCGCUCAUCGAGGCCACCCGGGAGUGGUAUCAAUGAAACGAAAUCUAAGGGAGAAAGUCUGGUGGCCAUACAUGGACCGGGGAGUUGAGAAUCACGUGCAAGAGUGUGCUGGUUGUGCUGCAGUUAGUCAACAGGGACCGCCAGAGCCAAUGCUGCGUAAAGAAAUGCCCGAUCGGGCGUGGCAAGAUUUGGCUUUGGACUUUUUCUCGGCAAAGGAAUGUGCGACAUUUUUAGUCGUGGUUGAUUAUUUCAGCCGAUAUCUGACCGUCAUUGAAAUGAAAACCACCAAUGCGUCCAAGACAAUCGAGGCCCUUGAGCGUGUCUUUAGAGAGCACACAUAUCCUGAAACAGUUCGAACUGAUAAUGGACCUCCGUUUGCAAGUGAAGAAUUUUCAAACUACUGCAUCAGAAAGAACAUCCGACUCGUACGCACUAUCCCCUACUGGCCCCAGAUGAAUGGGUUGGUCGAACGACAGAACCAGGGUAUCCUGCGGGCACUACGCAUUGCCAGAUCGUUGAAGCAAGACUGGAGGAAAGCGGUUGACGAAUAUGUAUAUGCGUACAACACAACACCGCAUUCUGUCACCGGCAAGUCACCAAUGGAGCUACUCACUGGAAGACCUGUGAAAGAUUUACUACCUUCACUCAGAACUGAGCCGUAUUUGAAGCGGGAUGAAGAAAUACGCGAUAAGGACGCCAUUAAGAAAAUGCAAGGCAAAUUGUACGCGGACAAACGACGGCACGCUAAAGAAUCAGAAAUAGCUAUUGGUGAUACGGUUAUGAUUAAAAAUUAUGAAAUGGGAAAGCUGGAGCCUACAUUCCGUUCAGAGAAGUAUACGGUGAUCCAGAAAAGCGGAAGCGAUGUAGUUGUCUUGAGCGCGGAUGGGAUCAAAUACCGGCGCCCCGUAGCUCACUUGAGAAAGUGGCCAAUUUCGCAAGGUCAAGAUGAUCUUCCACAGUUACCGCUCAUUCCGAUUUCAGAUGACCAAGUCGAUUCUCCACAAGUACCGGCCCCGGUAAAUCCUGGCUCACGCAGGGCGACAGCGAACCGGAAGGAACGAGACGCGGAGCUACAGGAGGCUCCACCUGCCAAGCGACCGAAGAGAUCCAUUAAGAUGCCGGCUCGUUAUGAUGUACAAUGAUGUAAAUGUAACGAUUUGAGAUUUUUUUUCUUUAAUAUUCAUUUGUUAUUGUUACAAGUUAACCCGUAGACCAGGAGAAGGAUGUAGAGUACAUAAGUUCCAUUCAAGCACCCCUCGAAAGCGUAACGUUAAAGAGUGUAGCAAG